AUGCUGCCAUAUGUGAUAGCGUUGCUUCAGAUUCCAUUCAGUAUCCUAGCUAUUAACAAUACCACCGAGGAGGACGAUGGACGAGUUCACUGCCCACGACCAGAAAGCGCAACCAGCAGUUGCGACGCCCGUAAGGAACUUAUUAUUUCAAUUGUUUACCAUUUAAACGGCUUGCUGACAUCAGGUCUUUGGGUACACCUGAGCUGGAGCAGACGCUAUAUUUCAUUCGAUAAGUGCAGGUUAGAAGCCAAAGGCUCCCAUUUAUUCGUGAAAGCAAACGGUUCGGAAUGUGUUAUUCACCCCGUUAAGAGUCAUUAUCCACUUCAAGCCACUCAAUGGUGCCGAGUUUUCUGGCAGCUCCAAGGAAAUAUUUGGGCUACGUUCCUUCCAAUCUGUGAAUAUUGA